AUGUUGUCGAUAUCACUGAAAGCUUCUUUAGAUCUGCGGGAGGUCUUCUGUCUGCACGGUGUAGACCACGCGCAGGCUUAUAGGUUUGAAUCCAGCAAGUUUCGUCGACCAACCAUCACCUCCGAUCUAUCGCCGCACCACCCGUCGCCACCCUCCUCUCCGGUCGCAUCUCCGAUCGCCGCCUCCGAACAACAAGCGUUACUUCUCGAUUUCAACGAACAGGGGCAUCUGAAGGCUGCUUCGUUGAAAACAAUGCCACUGCCUUUUCCAGAUCUUUGUGCUCGUCUUUUUGAUGGAAAUAGUGCCACUGGUAAUUUUAGGAGUUACUCAACCCAAUCAUCUUCAGUAGCUGGAGCAUCCUCUUGUCGUCUUCCACAACUUCAGAUUACCACCACCCCUUUUCUUGCAUUAGAUGAUGAUGGUGAUGACACUUGUCAUUAUGCUAGUGAGACUUUUCAUGAGCCACCACCUUCUGCUGCUUCACCUUCUGUUGGUUCACCUUCUUCUGCUUCACCUUCUACUGCUUCACCAUCCGGUUACCCCAACAAAAGGGCUAAACGCUCAAAUCCUAAGGCUCCUAGUACCUCAUCGUCUGCUUCUUCACUUGAUGAAACUUCUAUUACUGCUGAUGAUUUAGCAUUUGAAAUGAAAAAAGCUCUACAAAGUUUGACUAAAUGGUAUACAAUUCCUCAAUGUUUAGAGAAAUUAGAGGUGAUUCAGUUAGGCCCUACAGAUCCUUUACGCUUUGUUGCAUAUCAUAUUUUUGGAGGGACUAUGAACAUGAGAGAGAUGUGGAUGCAUUUUCCCGAUGUUCCAAAGAUAUUACUAGGAUGGCUUGAGAUGAUAGGUACAAGUUUACGAGUUUUGAAGGACGGAAAUAUUGUCCGAUGAUUUUUAUUGUGUUGAAACUAUUUAUUAGGUCCUUUUGCUUUUAUUUGAACUAUUUUGUUAGGUCUUUUGCCUUUGUUGAAACUAUUUUUUGAUAUUUUGCUACUUGGAAUAUGUUUUAUCUAAUGUGUUUUUGCUACAUGUAAUAUGUUUUAUCUAAUGUGUUUUUGCUACAUGUAAUAUGUUUUAUCUAAUGUGUUUUUGCUAGUUGAAAUAUGAUUUAUGUAAUGUUUUUUUUGCUACUUGAAAUAUGACUUAUGUAAUGUUUUUAUAAAAGGUCUACUUUGUUGAUUUUAGAUUCAUAAUGGAUCACGAUCAAAAGUUACGUCUCGUAAUUCUUAUGUACCUAU